UCGGAAUCAGAAAGCAGUGCCAUAAAUUUUAAAUGAUUAAAGACAAUUCGGACAUUCGAAAUUAAAUCCUUUUAAAAUUAAAAUCUUAUAUCAGAUAUUUUUAAAAUAUAUGUGCACAUUUUACAGUGAAGAGCGGGUACCAAUAGCAAGAAUUGGCAUCAAACAACAUUUCUAUGAUUUAAUACAAAACUUGCAAGAUGCUACGUAAUAAUGUCUUAACUGGUAUGCCCAUAUAUAAAUUAGUCCUUGGUUUUGGAUUAUGCUCUUUGGGUGGAGCUAUGUUGUAUACUUAUUUCAAAAAUCGUGAUGAAGAUAAGGAUGUAUCACAGCUAAAACCUGUGGUGAAACAAAAAAGGAAAUCACAACAAGCAAAAUUGAACGCUAAACGAAUGGAGGAAGAAGUGCAAGUUAGCUUUGAAAUAUUGAAUGAGCAUAUACCAUUAUGUGUUGGUCGUGGAGGAUCCAAUUUGAAAUCCAUUGAACAACAAUCGAGCACAAAAAUACAUUUACGAGAUAAAAAUGAUAAGUGUAAGAUCUGUGAUAUAUAUGGGACCGCAGAUGGAGUAAAACAAGCGCGUGCAUUGCUGUUAAAGGAAAUAGAACGGGCGCCAAUUGUCAAGGAAGAGAUCUUUGUUCCGCAAAGUGUCUGCGGGAAAAUUAUGGGACGUUGCGGCGAGUCAAUGCAGGAAAUAUGUCGCAUCUCCUUGGCAAAAGUGACUGUAGAUUCAGGUGGUGGUCGUAGCGGGGGCGCUAUGGAUAAACGACGCAUCCUUUUAACUGGAAACCAGCAACAGGUGAAUAUUGCGCGUAAAUUGAUUGAGGAAAAAAUAGAAGAAGACGAAGAACUGCGGCGAGCCGUUGAAGAAGUCGAACAUAGACGCGAACCUCGUCGUUCGCCUUCGAACAGCAUCAAUUCAAGCAUGUAUUCUUCUCAAACAUCAUUGAGUUCGCAUUUGCCUCCACGUGAAAAACUACUCGCUUCUCGUAAUGAGGAUAAGCCAAUGGAGGUUUACGUGUCUGCAAUUGCAUCACCUUCAAAAUUUUGGGUACAAAUUAUUGGUCCACAAUCAAAGAAACUAGAUGAUAUGGUACAAUCAAUGACAGAAUAUUACAGUGAACCGGAGAAUAAAGCUCGCCAUCAAAUCGGAGAGCCAUAUUUAGGCCAAAUUGUAGCAGCUGUAUUCAAAUAUGACGGAAAAUGGUAUCGGGCAGAAAUUGUGGGUAUUUUACCAAAUCAAUAUAAUCCUAAUGAAGUCGUACUAGACCUUUAUUUUGUUGAUUACGGCGAUAGUGAAUAUGUAUCGCCCCAUGAGGUAUUUGAACUGCGUACAGAUUUCUUGACUCUACGAUUCCAAGCGGUGGAAUGCUUCCUAUCGGGUGUUAAGUCUACUAUGUUGCAUGAUCCAGAUACUUGGGACCCGCCAGCAAUCCAAAAAUUUGAGGAACUUACGCAAGUUGCUAAUUGGAAGAAACUCAUUUCUCGUGCAACAACUUACAAAGAGCGACAAAAGGGUGCAGCUAGUGCUGCCCGUGAAAGUUCUCCAAUACCAGGUGUUGAACUUUUCGAUUUGACAGAAGGGGUGGAAGUCAACAUUGGCCAUAUCAUGAUUUCACAUGGAUUUGCCUUACCUGCCGAUGACAUACCACGACCACGUUCCCCUUACUACCUCGUUGCAUCGGACACCUCUGCGUUCUCGUCAAAUUUAAACCCAACUAUGAACAGUAAGGAGAACUUAUUAAAUGGUAAGGGCAAUACAAGCACUGAGGAUGAGCCUUUUCUGAUGGAUCAGUUCGAGAACAUACGAACAAAUAACAAUUUAUAUACACAAAACGCUGGCGGCACAAUUAGUACAUUAAUAGACGACCAAGCAACAGAUAAUGCAACGAAUUUGUCUGCUUCUGAAGUUUUAAUAGACAAGAAAUCGACAGAAGCGUUGGAAAAUAGUAAUUUGCAUAUUAUAAAUGGAAAUUUAAAUCGAUAAAAUCGAAAUCAAUGAUGAUACCUAUUUAGUUAAGGCAUUGAUUACUUUCAUGUUGCUACUUCCGUUACAAUGUAUCAUUUAAUUUUACAUUUAGUGCUUAAGUGGGUGAAAAUAUGUAUAUACGUAAAUGUUUGAAUGUUACAAACAUAUACAUCGACUGGACAAUUUUUGCGACAUAUAUAAAUAGGUGUUAUUGCUUCAAUGUUGUUAUUUAGUCCCCCUAAAAAAGCUUGCGGAAAACGCAAUGAUUUAAAUUUUAUGUAUAAAUACGUUUACAUUUUUAGUAUGUAGUCCAAAUUGGAGAAUAUUUGUCUAAUUUUAUCAAUUCCUAUUUAAAAUCUUUAUGUGUUGACAAGAUCUAUUUAUUUUAUCGAGUACACGAAAUUGUUGGAAACAAAAAUAUGGUACAAAUUAAAUGCUUGUAUUCCUUUGCUAACACACGUUUGCUUUCAGCAAGUUGAAAAUAUAUUUUUUUCUAAAAGCCAUAUAUGAAUUCACACUUUUUCUUUUUAUACAAGCAAAUACAAAUUGAAGUGGUGAUGCGUAGGUAAAUUGAAAUCGAUUUAUUUCAUCGUAAAAAAAUUGGUUAAAAUAUCAGGAUUUCGUAUUCAAGAGAAAUUAAUUUAAUACUGAUGUUAAUCUAUGAUAGAAAGUAUAUAUUCACAAGUUUGGUUUUUCAAUGUCGUAUAAUUUAAGAAGAUUAAGGGGAUUAUUACCCGAAUUAAAAUAUUUUAAUUUUCUGGGUACACGAGUACUUCUUACUUAGCAAUAUUUGCAAGUUGUGACACAUACGGCAAUGAGUGGCUCACUUGGUGGUUUUGCGUUGAAAUAAAAUCUCUACCGUUCAUAUACAUAGCAUAAAACAUUUCUAUUUUUAUAAUACAUUUUUAUUUUUAUUUUUCUGUUUAGCAAUAAAAUAAUUAUAAUAAAUUGUUUCUUUUUUUCACAAUUUAGCAACUUAAAUAUUAUUUUUAUAGUUGUGUUUUGUUUAAUUUUGUGUUUCAUCGUUUUUUUUUUUUGUAUAUCAUUUAUUCUCUAUUAUUUAAUUUUUAUAUUUUGUUUUGUGUAAAGCCCUACACUACAAACUCUUCAUUUAUCUUGCGUUCGCUAAUCAGUUCAGUUCCUGAUCCAAUUGUAUAGGCUGUACUACUGUCACGUUUCACUCCCAGUUACCGACUGUGCAUGUUAUGGUUAUGUCAUUUAGCAUCCAAUGUUUCUGCUUUAUACUUGAUAAUAUGUUAAAUGUUUGACAAGGCUAUAUCUAUACGCGAAUUCUAAAAGUUACAUCUUUAUUACAAAUCUCAAUUUUCAUUUACUGUGAUAAAUUAUUCAUUUCAGUUAGUUGUUGUUGAGUUUUAGACCGGCCGUAGUAUAUUAUUUAAUUAUAUCCUUGGAUAUUGAAAUAAUGAAUUUACAGUUUAUAUUAUUUAGCGUGGAUCACAUCACGUUAACCGUUAAAUUAAAUGUAAAUCAGUUGUAAUUCUGUCCCAAAGUUCAUUUCAUUUUAUUCAACUAAUGUGUGGAAAUCGUGUGUUUCAGAUUUGCAUAUACUAAAAUUUUCGCAUUUGGCUGCAUUUUUUUUUUAAGCCUUAAACUAUUGCCUACGGUUUAAACAUAUACUUGUAUGGGUUUUGUGUCGGCUGUUUCUUACACAAUAACUUAUUAGUACUCCUACUAAGUUGCCAAUCGCAGCCGUCCCUCGUCGAUAAUUAUUGCUGCUAUGAUCUGGUGUUACCUUCAUUUAUAUACUUUUACAUUCACUUCAACUAUAUUGACUUUACUUAUUUAUUGUAUCAUCUUUCCAUGCGAUUGGAAUUGGAUCGUUAUAAAUAAUUUAAUAUUCUUUGUGUUUUCUGCUGUUCUUUUUGCAUUUAUAUAAAUGUAUGUAUAAUAUAUGUAAAUGGAUGAAGAAUUCUCUUAUAGGAAAUAAUCCGGUGUUCUUCGUGUAACGUGAGGUUCACCACGACGAGGUGCUGGGUCAAAUUGUAGG